GGGCGGCCGCGGGGAGGGAGGCGGGAAGAGCGGGCACUUCCGCUCGCCGCACUCGCUGGAGGCGGCGGCGGGAGCGGAGGGAGUGCGCGGCUUGGGGACCUGCAUUCCCCGGCCCCCUCCGCCCCAGGCGGCCCGGACGAUGGACACCAGGUGGUGGGCUGUGGUGGUGCUGGCUACACUCCCCUCCCUGGGGGCAGGUGGGGAGACCCCCGAAGCCCCUCCGGCGUCAUGGACCCAGCUGUGGUUCUUCCGCUUUUUGGUGAAUGCUGCUGGCUACGCCAGCUUUAUGGUACCUGGGUACCUGCUGGUGCAGUACUUCAGGCGGAAGAACUACCUGGAGACAGGAAGGGGUCUCUGCUUCCCUCUGGUGAAGACCUGCGUGUUUGGCAAUGAGCCAAAGGCCUCAGAUGAGGUUCCUCUGACACCCCGGGCAGAAGCCACAGAGACCACUCCCACAAGGCAGGCCCUGAAGCUGCUUUUCUGUGCUGUGGGACUCCAGGGUUCUUACCUGACUUGGGGUGUGCUGCAGGAAAGAGUGAUGACCAAGAGUUACGGAGCCACAGCCACAUCACCAGGAGAGCACUUCACAGACUCACAGUUCCUAGUGCUUAUGAACCGAGUGCUAGCGCUGAUCGUAGCCGGCCUCUACUGCAUCAUCGUCAAGCAGCCCCGGCAUGGGGCACCCAUGUACCGGUACUCCUUUGCCAGCCUGUCAAAUGUGCUUAGCAGUUGGUGCCAAUAUGAAGCUCUCAAGUUUGUCAGUUUCCCUACCCAGGUGCUGGCCAAGGCCUCUAAAGUGAUCCCUGUCAUGAUGAUGGGGAAACUGGUGUCUCGGCGCAGCUACGAACACUGGGAAUACCUGACAGCUGCCCUCAUCUCCAUUGGGGUGAGCAUGUUUCUACUGUCCAGUGGACCAGAGCCCCGAAACUCCCCAGCCACUACACUGUCAGGCCUCAUCCUGUUGGCUGGCUACAUUAUCUUUGACAGCUUCACCUCAAACUGGCAGGAUGCUCUGUUUGCCUAUAAGAUGUCACCAGUGCAGAUGAUGUUUGGGGUCAACUUCUUCUCCUGCCUUUUCACAGUGGGCUCCUUGCUAGAGCAGGGGGCUCUCCUUGAAGGGACCCGUUUCAUGGGGCGACACAGCGAGUUUGCCGCACAUGCCUUUCUGCUGUCUGUCUGCUCUGCUGGUGGCCAGCUCUUCAUUUUCUACACCAUCGGGCAGUUCGGGGCUGCUGUCUUCACCAUCAUCAUGACUCUUCGCCAGGCCUUGGCCAUUCUCCUCUCCUGCCUCAUCUAUGGCCACGCCAUUACUGUAGUGGGGGGCUUGGGGGUGGCUGUUGUUUUUGCUGCCCUCCUACUGCGGGUCUACGCCCGGGGACGGCUAAAGCAGAGGGGUAAAAAGGCAGUGCCAGUUGACUCCCCUGUACAGAAAGUUUGAGGGUUGUGACAUGAAAUGAGACCCUCAAAGGUGGCUGGCUCAAGGGCAAAAGGCAGGUUUCCUGUAUCACAAACCAGCCUUUGCUAAAAGGGGGAAAAAGCAAGUAUUCUUGCCCCUGGCCUUAAGUCACCCAUCCUCUUGGAAGCAGGAAUGCCUGUUUUGGCAGGGUAGCCAAGAAUCCUGGUGGGGUUUUGUCUAGGAGCUGAAGGGACCUCCAAAAGCUCACACUCAAGAUCCCUGAAAUCUGCUACCUGUGCUUGUCCCCCCCCCCCCCCAUUGACCUCUGGUGAGAAAAGCACAAGUGUAGGCUCCAAAUGCUGCUUUCCCAGGAGAAAGAUGGUGCUUUGCUGGGGGAGGAGGGUGGUAGAGCCCUGCCCAGCAGUGCUGCCCCCUAACAAGCUCCUGGAUCCCUAGGCUCUGUUCCAUGAGCCAGUUGCAGGUUUUAGUACUUUGAAAAAUGUAACUUUUGGCUCUUAUAAUUUUAUUUUAUUAAAUUGUUGCAAUGA